AUGUCAAUCUUUUUAGGUUGCUGUACAGUAGUUACUGAUGUAACUACUGUACAGCAACCUAAAAAGGUUAUUGCGAAAAAAGGAUUAAAACAAGUAGGAGCCAUCACGUCAGCUGAAAGAGGAACUCUUGUAACAUUAGCAUGCACAAUAAAUGCUAUUGGAAAUAGUAUUCCACCCUUUUUUAUUUUUCCUCGUAAAAACUUUAAUGAUCGUUUCCUAAUUAGUGCACCAACAGGAAGUGCAGGAGAUGCAAAUCCAAGUGGCAAUACAAAAUGUACGAAAGAAAAGCCUUGUUUAUUGUUGCUUGACAAUCACGAAACUCAUCUUAGUACUGAAGGAUUAGAUUUGGCAAAAAAUAAUGGAAUAGUAAUGCUUACCUUCCCACCACAUUGCACACAUAAGUUGCAGCCCUUGGAUAAGGCAGUUUAUGGUCCUCUCAAAAACUACAUAAAUAAUGCUAUGACAUCAUGGUUAGUAAUGAAUCCUGGAAAAACUGUUAUAAUAUAUGAUAUUCUAAAAAUAGUAAACAUUGCAUUUCCUAAGGCUGUAUCUCCCCACAAUAUUUUAAGUGGUUUUUCUGCAACAGGUAUUUACCCGUUAAAUCCUGAUGUGUUUACUGAAAAUGAUUACUGUCCUUACUAUGUAACUGAUCGCCCUGACCCACCUUGUCACAGGCUGAUUCAAAUAAAAAAGACUGUGAAAGAUUCACAGUCUUUUCAAUUUUCAUUCAAUGCAACCAGAACCAUCAAAUAA